ACUUGCAAUGCAUGUACACAACAGCCGCCAUUUCAAACUAAAACACGAUUGUGUGUUUGUUGACAGCUUGGGGUUUAGUGUGUAGAGAAAACCAAACUGAGUGAAUUUUGUACAAACAGGCAGGUUUUUUCUUGUUAGUGUCAUCAAUAUAAAUGGAUCCCCAGUAAAAUUAUGAGUUCUGAAGUUUCAUCAUUGUAUUCUGGUAAUCAUAGCAACACUAUACAUAGUUACUCUGCUCUACCAACACUGUGUAAAGCUGCAGAGGAUUCCUUGAAUAAUAAGACAGGCGAUUUCCAGUUUGACGAAAAUAGUCAGGGAUCAGCAAAAGAAGGAAAGAAAAGAAGAAGAAAAACACAUUUAUGGUUACAUAGACCUAAGCAGAGAGAUGACAGUAUAUCUAUGAAUGGUUUCAGUACUGAAGAAGACAGUCGUAAUGGCCAUGACCAGAUCUGUUGUUUGAUUGACAACACAAAUAGAUGUACUAACCAUGCUGGUAAUGCAAGCUACAGCAAGAGAAUACAGAAAAUAGUUCAACAGAGAAAACUGAAACUUGUUAGAGAUGAUAGUGUUUCCCAUAUCUACAUCUGUGAUUACCAUAAGAACGUUAUACAGAGUGUGAGAACCAAACGGAAGAGAAAAGAUUCAGAAGACGAUAAUGGUUCUCCAGAUGGGGAUGAGGAUAUUCCAGAGAUUGACUUUUUCCAAAUGCCUGUGAACACAUUAAGGAGAUACAAAAGACAUUUUAAACUGCCAACUAGACCUGGUAUGAACAAGGCACAGUUAUCAGAUAUUGUAGCCAGGCAUUUCAAAGGUAUUCCAGUUAUAGAAAAAGAAGCGCUGACGUACUUCAUUUACAUGGCAAAGAAUUACAAAAGCAGAUUCGAUCAGAAACAUUUAGAAACUGUUCACUAAUGAAUGUAUUUCUGACCUUCAUUCAAUGUAUUUGUCAUCAUCAGUUUGACUGAAGUAAAGCUAAAUCAUUUUAUCAUUUUUGUUAACAUUUAAAAUUUUGGAAUUUUAUAUCCUUAUUUUUUAAUUUAAGAAGGCAUCAAUCCUACUUGAAAUUAAGUCUUUUAUCAGAGUUAUUAUUAUGCAUUAUUUGUACAUUUGUUAAUCUUUGAGUAUACAUGAAUGCACUAGGUAUUAACAAAUCCAGCUUAUUUUGAUCUUUCAUUGUACAAUUUCAACUGCAUAUUAUAGAAGAUUUAAAUGAAUAUACUGAUGGACUUGUGCAACAAUAUAAUUUAAGUAAUAUAUUGUAACACUACUAAAUCUGAGGAUAUGUUGAAUAUUUAGCAUUUUUGUCACUAAUAAUCAUUUGAAAUUCCACACAUAUGAGAAGUGUGUAUACCAAUAUAUAUUAACACCUGUAAACUUAACUCUUCUGAUGCCUUUUCAGUUUGCAUUUAGCUAUUAUAAGGAAUAAAAAUCUUUUAUAAUUAGGAUGCUUGUUGUAUAUAUUUACACGUAAAACAUACUAUAAACAUCUUCUCAUUCAACAUGUUCAGAGCUGCUAAUUGCUUAUAGUAUAUUAUCAUUGGAUCAUUUAUAAUUAUAAUACCAACUUUCCACAUGCAUUUAAGUUUACUUUUAGGAAUACAUUUGUGAUUAUGGGAGAUGCAUGUAUAUUAUUUCCAAAUACAUUAAAUACAAGAAAAUUUCA